AUGGCAAAAGCGGCAACGUGUCUGCCGUUGGCCGAUGACAUCAAGGAUGAAGUCGCCACAGUUUUAUCUGAAAUACUAGGCCCUAGCUCAUUCGCUUGCGGAAGCUGCAUUCAGAGGCCCCCAAAUCCGGGCUUGAUACUGAAUGAUCACGGUAUCAUCGGCCUACCACUAUCGAAGUAUGAUGCGGACGUCCUAAAAUCCGAAUCAAAACAGAGCCCGUUCGGCAAAGGAGCCGAGACUGUUGUCAACACAGCCGUGAGAAAAUCCUGGCAGCUGGAUCCAUCUCAGUUUACCAUCUCCAACCCGGAAUGGGACGAGAUGAUGGAAAAAGUACUUCACCACGUCUACGAGGGUCUGCUUCUCAGCUGCGGAACGGAGAAUGUAGCCGCUGAAUUGUACAAAUUGCUCCUGUACGAAGAAGACUCAUUCUUCCUUCCGCACAAAGAUACUGAAAAAGUCCCGGGGAUGUUCGGCACGCUGGUUAUUUGCCUGUCAUCUAUGCAUGAAGGAGGAGAUCUUGUGCUAUCCCACGGCGAUGACACGGUGGAAUUCAAAACUUCGCCGACUUCGGCCUUCGGCAUGUCAUUCGCAGCGUGGUAUUCGGAUGUACUUCACCAAGUCAAGCCUGUCACCAAGGGUUAUCGGCUGGUGUUGACCUACAACCUGAUCCGACGAGGUGGGACACCAGGCCAGCCGGCACCACCAUCACUCGGCGUCUAUAAGCAACGAUUGGUGACGGCCCUAAACCAAUACACUGCCUUGAUUCAAGCCGACCCGACAUCUCCGAAAUACUUGAUCCACAAAUUCGAACAUCAAUAUACACAGGCGAAUCUGGGGGUUCGACACCUGAAAGGCUCAGAUCUCGGUCAAACUCAAUGUUUGCAAGAAGUAGCUGCUGAACUAGACUUUAAAUUAUACCUUGCCACCAUGGAAAAGACAGUCAUCAAGGACGACGAAGGCGACUAUAAUGGGUAUAGUUCGGGUCUAUCCUAUGAACCAGAAGAAUUUGAACGCAAGAUUUCCAUCAAUCACGUUGUCUCCUUGGACGGUUCCCGAGUCGAUGAUCCCACACUAUACUCUGGAGUGGACGUUGAUGAAGACACAAUUCUGGAUCUGGAAGGCUACAAUCAGAAGGAUCCUGACUCGGAGGAACACUCUGGAUUCACUGGGAAUGAAGGCUGUACCGCCACAUUUUGGUAUCGUGAUGCGGUGCUAAUAAUCGUCCCUCCUGCUGAAAACAUCCAGUUCUUGUACAACUGCGAUCGGAGAGAUGACAAAGUGUGGUCUUGGAUGAAAGAACUGCGCAGGAAAGCAGACUCGUGUUCGUCCGCGAAAGCAGAUUCAUUAUAUCUCUGUCAAGCCAUCGCGAAUUUCAAGGGAUCGCGUCGGAGCUUGCCUCCAAUCGGUGGCCGUAAUCAGACAUCCGGAAGAGCUCUCAUGAACGAAGCUGCCACGAUCGCACUCGAACGUGACAAACUUGAUCUUUAUGACAAGAUCGCGGAGAGGAUCAGCGGUCCGUGGGGAGCAGAAAUUUUUGAGCAACUGGGACGCAUAAUGGCGCUUGAGGGCCAUUUUGAUCUUGCCAAGGCGAGGAUCAAGACGGCAUUGGACUCUGCCACCACUCUGGCCGCCAAACACGAAGCGCUGACAAUGGUUGAACAAGGAUAUCUCGCUGACUCUCCCCGAUUCAAACAGUGGAUGGCCGAGGAACUUGUUCAAGCUAUAGAUCAGGUAAUGAACUCGGGGAAAAUGCGCAAGGUGGAUUGUUCGAGUCUUGCUGAUAUUAUUGAUGCAUGGGAGUCCGAGGAUAUUGUUCAACGGAUUGUGCCACGGGUUAAGAGCUGCAGUACGGCUUGCCAAGUUGGGUUCGCGAAUCGGCUCAUGGAGUGGGUGGGUUCCCCGGAUGAAAUCCCAGAGGAAGGAACGGCACAUAAAACUUUGUCAUUGAACGAUCGAGUGGCACUUAGUACACCGAUCUUCGCAAAUAUCUGGCGGAACUUUCGGCUAGAGUCAAAGCCAAUUGCCCUGCCCGUCGGCACUAACAAUAGAGAAAACUAUUGGAUUAAACCGCCCCUCACAAAAGAGGACGAAGACAAGCAGUAUCAGGACAGCCUGCUGAAUGGAGCUGACAUUGCCGGAUUACUCAACCACACAAUCAAUUUGAACGUCUUGACCGAUGCGGAAAUCCAAGGGUGUCUCGAAACGCAGGUGAGAGCGGCAAACAAUGUUGUAUGUGAAUACACUCUGGUACCUUUUGUCAAGUCGAUCCUAGAGCAAAAGGUCGAUUGCCACAAGCUCGACCAGGCCAGCAAGCAGCCGCUUCCCCAAAGCAUCGAACUCGUCGCUCAGAUCUUAGAGCGCUACGUCCAAACCUGCGUGGGGAAGGAACCAAGCGGCCGAGUAAACUGGGCUCAACCUCCACGCGGCUGCAGAGGUACUUUCUGUAGUGAUUGUGCGGCUGUGAACCGGUUUCUGCAGGAUCCGAGACAGCAAGUUGGUCGAUUUCCCGUGGGCAAGCAGCGGCGCCACCAUUUGCACCAGCAUUUCACAGAUAUCCAUGGAACAACGUACACCGUCACAACCUUGCGAAACUCCAACCCGAACGUCUGGCAGAUCACGAAAAGGGACUUGAUAGGAGAGGAGUGCAAGGCCUGGAGAUGUAGGCAUGAUGAUGCGCAGCGAAAGACGACGGAUCUCAGGUCCGCUGGCCCCUUGGAGCUCUAUCUCGGAGAUAUGGCUCGGUCGAUUCUCUCUUUGAAUGUUGCGGAGAUCGCGUAUGGGAGGACACACCGGCAGAAAUCGAAUUCAGAUUCGUCUCAGCAGUCUGCUUCGGCGACACUUUCUCGGCCACCUUUGCAAGAACAAGACACCAAUUCUCAACCCGGCACGGACCAGAGAGGGGUGAAACGGUCCGUAAAUUCUGGCGCUGAAGGUUCUUCGAAAAAGCCAAAGUCGGCCAUCCCAUCGUCCAACGCCGAAUACGUACAGACACCACACGGGCCGGCCGAAAUCAUCGAUCUGACUUGA